UUAUCUUAAGUUCUUAACAAAUAUUUAUAAUUUUAUACCUGAUUCCUGAACCUCAGAACCUGAUACGGUGAGGUGAGCAGUUGAGACUUGAGAGAGGCGGAGAGCAGAGAAUCAGAGAGAGAACAGACUGAACAGUGGAGACUGGAGACUAGAGAGAAAGUAGAGGUUGGACCUUGUUGAAAUGGAAAGUACCCUACUACCCAACUGAUGUAAUGUGGGCUCAAUCCAAAAACCAACCCUUCCAAAAUUUGGGGAAAUUCCUGGAGGUACUCUGUACUUGUGCAAAUAAUGGUUGUUUUCUCUUGCUUGAAGUUCCAUUUUGGGUGAAGAUCAUAGAUGAACUCAUUUGGCCCAGUUAUGUGUGAAAUGCUGAGGAGUUUGAAUUCUGCUAUGGUUUUAUCAAAUUGGUUUUCUUGCAGAUAUUACCCAUAUAUUCCAACUAUCUACUUCUGUAAAAUCCACAAUCGGCAUUUUCAUUGUUGUGUAUAUGUUAAUUCAGCUAUAAAUUCAAAUACUCAGGGUGCCAUAAUGCCUGGUCUGGGCAUAAUUUCCACGUGGCAACCAAAGACGUCAAAUAUCAGUUUGUUGAGGGUGGACAAAUCACGCAUUGUUGUGAACACGGUUGCAAGUGUUGAUGUUGGUGUGGAUUGUGAAAAGGAGGAAGAAAACAAAUUGAUUAAAGGAGAUGAGGGAUUUGAAGAAUCUUUUGUUGAGCAGAUUUGGCCUCCUUGGGGAAAUGUCACAAAUCACAAGGAUUUGGAUAUUGAACCUAGUCCUACGCCUGUUAGCCAGACUGAGUCAAAAUUUUCAAACAGGAUGACGAUUGCGAAUGAAAGUAGGGUACAUUUUCUAGAGGAAACAAAUGAAGAGUUGUUAUCAGAGCGACUUUUGGUGCUUAGCAGAACCAAUAAGGUUAGAAGUGCAUUGGGAUUAUUUAGGUCCAUGGAAUUAUCAGGUCUUUGUCCUAGUUUACAUGCCUGUAACUCUCUUUUAUCAUGCCUUUUUAGGAAUGGGCAGCCUGAUGAUGGGUUAAGAGUCUUUGAGUUUUUGAAGACAAAGAAGAUAACUACAGGUCACACUUAUAGCUUAGUACUUAAAGCAAUUGCGAAUUCUCAGGGUAGUGAUACUGCCCUUGAAAUGCUUAUGGAAAUGCUAGGGGAAUGUGAAGUGAAGAAGGAUUUUGAUGCAAUUGCAUAUAACACUAUGAUAACAGUAUGUGGUAAAGUUAACAAUGGUGUUGAAACUGAGAGGAUCUGGAGAAGUAUGAAGGCAAAUGGCUGCUGUCCAACACGAGUUACUUAUUGCCUAUUAAUUAGCAAUUUUGUUCAUUGCAGUCAAAAUGAGCUGGCUCUUGAUGCUUACAGUGAGAUGGUUCAGAACGGAUUUGAACCGGGGAAUGAUACAAAGCAAGCUAUAAUUAGUGCGUGCACAAAGGAGGGAAAGUGGAAUUUGGCACUUAGUGUCUUUCAAGAUAUGUUGAAGGCUGGCUUGAAGCCAAACCUAGUUGCUUGUAAUGCAUUAAUUAACUCUCUUGCGAAAGCUGGGGAGGUCAAACUAGCAUUUGAGGUUUAUGAUAUCACAACAUCUUUGGGUCAUUCACCAGAUGCAUACACAUGGAAUGCUCUACUUGGUGCUCUAUAUAAUGCAGAUCGACAUGACGAUGUUCUUCAGCUCUUUGACAGCAUUAAGAGAGAUCAAGACUCUCAAUUGAAUUUACAUUUGUACAACACUGCUUUAAUGUCUUGCUCAAAGCUUGGUUCAUGGGAUAGAGCACUGCAGCUUUUGUGGCAAAUGGAAGCUUUUGGGCUCUCAAUUCCAACUGCAUCAUAUAAUCUUGUCAUUAGUGCUUGUGAGAUUGCAAGGAAGCCAAAAGUUGCAUUGCAAGUGUAUGAGCACAUGGUUCACCAAAAAUGCAAUCCGGACACAUUUACUCAUUUGUCAUUGUUAAGAGCUUGCAUAUGGGGAUCACUCUGGGAUGAAGUGGAGGAAAUCCUAAAUUGGGCUGCACCAAAUGUAUCUCUUUAUAAUGCUGUCAUUCAAGGAAUGUACUUAAGGGGCAAGAUUGAUUCUGCAAAGAAUCUGUACACCAAAAUGCGUGAGCAUGGUCUUCAACCAGAUGGUAAAACACGUGCUAUGAUGCUUCAAAACUUGUCAAAAAAUUCAGCUAGACAUAGAAGGAGUUGGUCUCUUGGUUACAGAGGACGUCAUCGACAAAAGAUGAAAUGAGAAAAAGAGAUUACUUUCCCUCAAAAAAAGAAAAAAAGAGAUUACCAACAAAUUAGUUGGGCUAACUACAUUGUGAUUAUAUAGAUUGAUAAGAUGUAUAAGUUGAAUGUAUAACAGAGCAACAAUACAGGCCUAAUUUUGCCCUCUGUAAUUGUUUUCUGUUCUGUCUCUUCUCUGUUUCCCUCUGGGGUUUUUUUUUUUUUGGAAACACCUCUUGAUUUUCACUGUAUAGAUUUUUUUUUUUUUAAUUUAAAAUGAAAGCAGUAAUUAUCCCAUAGUACUGUGAUACAAGUGUGUGAUAUCGGACAAGUUUGUUGUUUUGGAGACAUGGAUUUCUUUUUAAAGGCUUCAUAAAUAAAAUUUUAGCUUAAGUUUUAUGGUUCAA